GUGUGAACUAGCUUGCCACCGCCCACGUCACCAGUGUUGUGUUGGAAGACAACGGGUGUACAUAAGCCCCACGCGAAACACACACACACACACUUCCACGCAGCAGCACGCCAGCCAACAUGAGGAUCGCUGUAGCCACGCUGUUGCUUCUGGUAGCUAUCGGGACCACUGAUGCCUUCUGGAUCUUCAGCAAUGGAGAAGCCAAAGACGCAAAGGCGAACAUGCACCAGGAGGACGCCAAACAUAUGGUGAAAAGAGAGGCGGACGAGGACGAGGAGGCGGAAGACGAUGAGGAUGGCGAGGAGGAUGACGAUGAAUCUGAACAUGACAUAGUGAGGGAUGAUGAAGACAAUGACGAUGAGGAAGAGCAUGACGACGACGAGGAUGAGGAUGACGAUAACGAGGAGGAGGAUGAUGAGGAUGAGGAUUAAUCAGCCGAAUUCAUGAAGGAGCCAGCCACGAGAGGGAGUCACUGUACAAAACACCUGUAAUCGUUAACACUUCUACUGCACCUGGAGAUCCGAAAUUGUUACCAAACCCUUGUGGCAUCUUUAGACCUUAGAUCUUUGACCUUUAGGCCUGCAGGUCCAAACUCGUCACCUGUAUCAUCUCUGCACCUAUAACCGCCUGUACCAAUACAGCUAAAAGCAAUUAUCUAUCAUCACAUCUUCUCUACACACUCAAUGCCUGUCAAGAAGGCCAUUCGUACACUUCAGAAAUUACUUAUUACCUGUAUCAUGUCUACUCCCUUGACUUCCUAAAAUGGAAUUAUCUGUUACUUGUACCACUUAUGCACCCAGACAUGUGGUCAUUCGUACAUCUGACGUGACUCAUGGUUUGUAUAAAAAGUUUCAAUCACGUAACAUCAAUGUAAAGUGGUCAUUUAUAAAUUACAUCAUAAUUCACAUACCGCAAAUUGAGACUUUUUAUUAUUAGUCUUUCAUUGAAAAAAUAAACCAAAACGUACGUACAAAUAAAACAGAAAUACUAUUUCUUCAUCGAUUCUUCUUGGCAUGCGCGAAUUCAAAGAGAAAUAUAGGUAACCGUAAUACUCAGUGCAUUUAAAUUAAUGGUUUAUCGCAUGCAUGAAAUGAAAGAGAAAUACAAGGAGUAGUGCAAAUUACACCGACUUUUAUACCACCAGUCUUUCAUUUGUGCAUCAAUUAAAACGAUAAAUACACAUGAUAGCAAUAAAAGUGAAACAACUAAAAUUUUCCCAUCAACCUUUCAUUUUGUGUAUUUUGAUAAACAGAAAAUGCUGAAUGUAAAGCAGUAGUAGUAUUAGUAGUAGCAGUAGUAGUAGUAGUAGUAGUAGUAGUAGUAGUAGUAGUAGUAGUAGUAGUAGUAGUUGUUGUUGUUGUUGUAAUGUGAUAACAACAACAACAACAACAACAACAACAACAACAACAACAACAACAACAACAAUAAUAAUAAUAACAAUAAUAAUAACAACAAUAAUAAUGAAUAAAUAAAUAAAGUAAACAACAACAAUAAAAGUAAUAAUGAAUAAAUAAAUAAAUAAAUAAAUAAAUGAAUAAAUAAAUAAACAAAUAAAACUAUAUCAUAAA